UCUUGAGAAGCAUUUAUUCAUUUUUGCUUUAGCUUUUUGAACUCCUUAGAUUUAGAAGCCUUGACCUUUUGGAAUUGAUUAUUGCCUACAAAGGAGAUCGUGUAUGUAUUCUUUUUCUUUUUUUGAACUCAUCAAAGCUUGGUUCAUAUAUCUUGACUCGUUCUCUGCAAAUUCUGUUUCUUGAUCUUUCAGUAGCGUUCUUCUUAAAAAUUCAGAAACAAUUGGUUAUACCACAAAAGCAAAUUAAAAUUUUUGGUUGGUCCGUGAAAGAAAAUUAAAAAUGUUGCUUUUGGUAAAAGUUUUUGGGUCUCAAAAAUCUUCUUUUAAAAAACCUUUUAUGAUGUUUUCUUCCCGGAUAUGUUGAAUGAUAAGUAUGAAUCCGUAUUAGAAAGUGGUUAAUGGGAUCGGACAGCUUUGUUCAACACUGAUCUCCAUGGUUAAACAAAUUUUCACUGAAUUACCACGGAAGUCUGAAGUAAUGUAUUGGUGUGUUGCCUUAUCCUUAUCUGCUUAGGCAUCGCGAUAUCUGUCGUACUGUGCCGUCUGUACCAUGUUUAUUUUGUCUUUUUCUUCCAUCUCCAACCGUUUUUGUUCUUGUCAUGAAUUUUCAGUAUCAAUCAUUCUCGUAGAUGUACAAACAUGUGGUUCAGCUGACCAGGUUGGAAUUUUGAAGAUGAUUCUCUAUCUAGCCUUAAGAUACCCACUCAGUCCGGCACUCGAACAUCUAGCUCGAGUUUCAGUUUUCCUUCUAUUGUGGUUUUGUUUGUAUCUUUGCCUUGUUUUGGAUGUUGGUCCCUGGUUCUUUUGGCGUUACUUGGCCCACUUCCCCCCCCCCCCCCCCCCCACCAAAACAGUUCUUAUCUUUAUUCGUUCCUGUUUGCUAAUCAAUAACAAAGGCGGUCCACACAUUUUCUGCCUUCAUAUAAUCUAUUUCAAACCCUACAGUUUCUCUGAGUAUGUCAUGUUAGGUUCUUUUCUGGUCUCUGAUGCUCGGCAAUCGGAAUUCAUGGGGCAAAUUACUCUAUAAUUUCCUUUAUGCUCCAUGUGCACUUACUUGCCUGCCUUUAGCUGUUUUGGCGGGUACUCAUUUUGGGGACUACUGAAGUGAAAAUGGAUUGUUUUGAUAAAAUCAUAGCUGUUAAAGGUUGGCUAGGCCUAAAAAUACCUAUCAUUUUACCUGGAUGUAGAGAGGGAAUUGGCUGGUUAAUCUAUGUACUGGAAUAGCAGAACCAGAUGCUUUGGGGAAACAUUUUCUACCAGUAAUGGCUUCAAGAUCAUGUGCCAACCUUCUGGAUUUGGUUUCUGGUGAUCUACUGGACAUCCCUCAAACUCCUAGAUCUCUUCCAAGAGUGAUGACAGUUCCUGGAAUUAUCUCUGACUUAGAUGGCGAUUCAGAGGGGACUUCAUCAGUUUAUCACGAAAGGAAAAUUGUAGUAGCAAACAUGUUACCUUUGCAUGCUCAAAGGGAUGCAGGAAGUGGGAAAUGGUGCUUCAGCUGGGAUGAGGAUGCACUUCUAUUACAAUUGAAGGAUGGCUUUUCAGCUGAGACUGAUGUUAUUUAUGUGGGUUCUCUCAAGGUUGAAAUAGAUGUCAGUGAGCAAGAAGAAGUUGCCCAGAAUCUUCUCGACAAAUUUAAUUGUGUGCCGACCUUCUUACCACAGGACCUUCUAAAGAAAUUCUAUUAUGGUUUCUGCAAACAGCAACUAUGGCCUCUUUUUCAUUACAUGCUACCCAUGUGCCCUGACCAUGGUGACCGCUUUGAUCGCUCGCUUUGGCAGGCCUAUGUGUCUGCAAAUAAAAUAUUUGCAGAUAAAGUUAUGGAAGUAAUUAACCCUGAGGAGGAUUAUAUUUGGGUUCAUGAUUAUCACCUCAUGAUUCUCCCUACUUUCUUGAGAAAGCACUACAACCGAGUCAAGCUAGGAUUCUUUCUGCACAGUCCAUUCCCUUCAUCUGAAAUAUAUCGAACUCUGCCAGUAAGAGAUUAUAUUUUGAAAGGAUUGCUGAAUUCUGAUCUAAUUGGUUUCCAUACAUUUGAUUAUGCCCGUCACUUCCUGUCAUGCUGCAGCAGAAUGCUAGGUCUGUACUAUGAAUCUAAGCGAGGACAUAUUGGGCUCGAUUACUUUGGACGGACAGUGUACAUUAAAAUUCUCCCUGUAGGUAUUCAUAUGGGUCGACUUGAAUCUGUAUUGAAUCUUUCAUCUACAUCUAUCAGAGUUAAAGAGAUCCAGGAACAGUUCAGGGGGAAAAAGGUGUUCAUUGGUGUUGAUGACAUGGACAUAUUCAAAGGUAUCAGUCUGAAACUCCUAGCAUUUGAACAGCUUUUGCAGCAGCAUCAGGAGUUGCAGGGCCAACUGGUCUUGGUUCAAAUAGUGAAUCCUGCAAGAAGCUCUGGGAAGGAUGUGCAAGAAGCUAAGAGAGAGACUUAUUUGACUGCAAGAAGGAUCAAUGAAGCUUAUGGAUCUCCAGAUUAUGAGCCAGUAGUUCUGAUUGAUCGCCCUGUUGCUCGAUAUGAAAAAACUGCCUACUAUGCUGUGGCAGAAUGUUGUAUUGUUAAUGCUGUGAGGGAUGGUAUGAAUUUGGUUCCUUACAAGUAUAUAGUUUGCCGACAAGGCUCCAUGGCUAUGAAUAAAGCCAUGCAGAUUGAGACAGAUUCUCCUCGCACAAGCAUGCUUGUUGUGUCAGAGUUUGUAGGGUGCUCUCCUUCUUUAAGUGGGGCAAUUAGAAUUAAUCCAUGGGACAUUGAUUCUGUCACUGAUGCCAUGCAUUUGGCAAUCACCAUACCUGAUUCUGAGAAACACUUGCGGCAUGAAAAGCAUUACCGAUAUGUUAGUUCUCAUGAUGUGGCUUAUUGGGCUCGCAGCUUUGCUCAGGAUUUGGAGAGAGCAUGCAAAGAUCAUUACAGCAAGCGCUACUGGGGAAUUGGUUUAGGCCUGGGAUUUCGAGUAGUUUCGCUUUCUCCAAAUUUUAGGAAGUUGUCUAUUGACCACAUUGUCUCAGCAUAUAAGAGGACAAGUAGAAGGGCAAUAUUUCUGGACUAUGAUGGUACUGUUGUUCCCCAAAGCUCUAUUGUUAAAACGCUGAGCACUGAAGUUGUGACGACUCUGAAUAUUCUGUGCAAUGAUCCUAAGAACACUGUCUUUAUUGUUAGUGGGAGGGGAAGAAGCUCACUGAGUGAGUGGCUUGCCCCUUGUGAUAGGUUGGGAAUAGCUGCGGAACAUGGAUACUUCAUAAGGUGGAACAAAAACACUGACUGGGAAUCCGGUCCCCCAACUUCAGACCUUGAAUGGAAGGAAAUUGUUGAACCGGUGAUGAAUCUAUAUAUGGAGGCAACAGAUGGAUCUUAUAUAGAAACUAAAGAGAGUGCUUUGGUGUGGCACCAUCAAGAUGCAGAUCCUGAUUUUGGAUCCUGUCAAGCAAAGGAAUUGUUGGAUCAUUUGGAAAAUGUACUUGCAAAUGAGCCGGCAGUUGUUAAUAGGGGCCAAUAUAUUGUUGAAGUCAAGCCACAAGGAGUGAGCAAAGGGUUGGUGGCGCAGAAGGUUCUAUCAACGAUGGUCGGCAGAGAGGGAGCACCAGAUUUUGUAAUGUGCAUUGGGGAUGACAGAUCAGACGAGGACAUGUUUGAAAGCAUAUUAAGCACAGUUUCUUGCCCAUCAUUGCCAGCAGCUCCUGAGAUAUUUGCUUGUACUGUUGGGCAAAAGCCAAGCAAGGCCAAGUAUUAUCUUGAUGAUACUGCAGACGUGGUGCGACUGCUCCGAGGCCUUGCUAAUGCUUCAUGUCCUAAACCUCCGCAUAUUGCUCAGUUCCAGGUUUCAUUUGACAGUGCGUUUUGAGAUGAUGAGAUUCUCUUUUCUGGAUUAUGAAAAGGUCCGGUUGUUUUAGUCUGUCUUGGGCUUCACUGCUGGCUGGCUCACACUGCCGGAGGAAGGUUAUGAUGGUGGAUUUUGGGAUCAACAGGGGACACCAGAAUUUCCCAUGCCAGGAAGCUUCUUUGGGCAAGUUCUUUUUUUUUUAUUCUAGGUACAGUUUUGCGGAUGCUGAUGCUUAUAGCGGCUGCUGCCCUUACUAGAGGGCAGUGCUCAUUUGUAUAGGGACAAUGACAAAUUUUUCUCUCCCCCAUACAUCAAUGUCAGUUUGAUUCGAGAAUUCUAUUGGUCCAUUUGAACUGCAAAUCACGUCAAAAUGUCAAUAUGUGGUGACUGAAUUCUUCAAGACAGAUCAAAAGUGUCUGGAAAAUCCCCCCACCCCCAGUCUCUCCUUGUAAAUGGUAAAUCUUAAUCCUUUCGUAUA